ACAGUGAAGGGUGUUGGAGUGACCCAGCUGGAUGUGACCCCCAGGACAGAAUGGUACUGGACUCAGGGGCCCAGGUGUAUGAGCAAGCACCCUCUAGCCCACCUGCUAGUCCCCUGUCCCUGCGUACCAGGCUGAAGGCCUCAGACAGAGAUGGACCACCACUGUUCCCCUGGUCUCGGCCCCUGCCCUUGCCCCUGGCUCUGUCAGUCCCGUCAGCACUGCAGCCCCAGCCUGAGGCACUGACCCUCUCAGAGCUGCGUCUUGGCCACCGCAGCCACAUGCGUCGUAGCGAGAGCACGUGCACUGUGAACAAUGCUGGCCGCCAAGGGCGCAGUAUCCAGGGCCGAACCCCAUCUGGACGAGGACGGGACCCAGGAGGGGGCACCCUGCGGUCUGCAGCCUCCCUCCCUCACAUUGCUAAGACCCGGAAGGAUGCAGGCCGUGGUGUCAACAAGAGCCCCUGCAUGCUAGUGGCCCUGCGACCAACCAACAUGGACAGCGAGCGGGACAAGUUCUUCCAGUCCCAUUUCACCUACAACCCGCAGUUCCAGUAUCAGGAGCCCAUGCCCACAGCAGUGCUGCAGAAGUACUGCGAGGCCUCAGGGCAGUUCAUCCACCAGGCAGUUGGCAUCAUCGAGGCUGUCCUGGAGAAGUUUGGCACCUAUGAGCACUUUGAGGCUGCCACCGGGGGCCAGUUGCUGACCAAGUGCCAGAUUUGGUCGAUAGUUCGCAAAUACAUGCAGAAGGAGGGCUGCGUCGGGGAGGUGGUAGUGCAGCUGACUGAGGACCUGCUGUCCCAGGCGGUGAUGAUGGUGGAGAACAGCCGGCCCACGCUGGCCAUCAACUUGACGGGAGCCCGCCAGUAUUGGUUGGAGGGCAUGCUGCGGCAUGAAAUAGGCACGCACUACCUGCGGGGCGUGAACAACGCGCGCCAGCCUUGGCAUAACGCAGAGGGUCGGGUGCAGUAUGGGCUGCGGCCCGCCAACCCCACGGAGGAGGGCCUGGCCAGCCUGCACAGCGUGCUGUUCCGGAAGCAGCCCUUCCUGUGGCGCGCUGCCCUGCUCUACUACACCAUCCACCGUGCUGCCUGCAUGUCCUUCCGUCAGCUCUUCCAGGACCUGGCGCGCUACGUGCAGGACGCAGACGUGCGCUGGGAGUACUGCGUUCGCGCCAAACGUGGCCAGACCGACACCUCGAAGCCAGGUUGCUUCAGCAAAGACCAGGUGUACCUGGACGGCAUCGUGCGCAUUCUGCGGUACCGUCAUGCCAUUGAUUUCCCUCUACUGACCUCACUGGGCAAGGUAUCCUAUGAGGAUGUGGACUCCCUGAGGCCUCACGGGGUGCUGGACCAGACCCGUGUGCCCCACUUCAUGCAGGACCUGGUGCGCUACCGGCAACAGUUAGAACACAUCAUGACCACCAACCGGCUGGAUGAAGCGGAGCUGGGCCGGCUGUUGCCCGACUGAUG